AUGAUCCCUCCACAGGAGGCCUCCGCCCGACGGCGGGAGAUCGAGGACAAGCUGAAACAGGAGGAGGAGACGCUCUCGUUCAUCAAAGACAGCCUGGACAAGAGUGACCAGCUGACCAAGAACAUGGUGUCUAUCCUGUCGUCCUUCGAGAGCCGUCUCAUGAAGCUGGAGAACUCCAUCAUCCCUGUGCACAAGCAGACGGAGAAUCUGCAACGGCUCCAGGAGAAUGUUGAGAAGACCCUGUCCUGCCUGGACCACGUCAUCAGUUACUACCACGUGGCCAGUGACACCAAGAAGAUCAUCAGGGAGGGCCCCACAGGUAGGCUGGAGGAGUACCUGGGAAGCAUGGCCAAGGUUCAGAAGGCUGUGGAGUAUUUCCAGGACAAUAGUCCAGACAGCCCAGAGCUCAACAAAGUGAAGCUCCUGUUUGAGCGGGGGAAGGAGUCGCUGGAGUCCGAGUUCCGCAGCCUGAUGACCCGGCACAGUAAGGUCGUCUCCCCCGUGCUCAUCCUGGACCUGAUCAGCGGCGAGGAUGAACUGGAGGUGCAGGAGGAGGUGUCCCUGGAACACCUCCCUGAGGGCGUCCUGCAGGAUGUGAUCCGCAUCUCCCGCUGGCUGGUGGAGUACGGCCACAACCAAGAUUUCAUGAAUGUCUAUUACCGGAUUCGCUCCAGCAUGCUUGACCGCUCCAUCAAGGGCCUGAAGGAACACUUCCGGAAGAACAGCUCUUCCUCUGGGGUCCCCUACUCCCCUGCGAUCCCCAACAAGAGGAAGGACACCCCAACAAAGAAGCCAGUCAAGCGGCCAGGGACGAUCCGGAAGGCUCAGAACCUUCUGAAACAGUAUUCCCAGCAUGGUCUAGAUGGGAAAAAGGGGGGCUCUAACCUCAUUCCUCUGGAAGGUCACGAGCACGAUUUCCGCGUUAAGCACCUGUCCGAGGCCCUGAACGACAAGCACGGGCCACUGGCCGGGAGAGACGACAUGCUAGAUGUGGAGACGGACGCCUACAUCCAUUGUAUCAGCGCCUUCGUGCGGCUGGCCCAGAGCGAGUACCAGCUGCUGACCGACAUCAUCCCAGAGCACCACCAGAAGAAGACCUUCAACUCGCUGAUUCAGGAUGCGCUGGAGGGACUGAUGCUGGAGGGUGAGAACAUCGGGGCCGCCGCCCGGAAGGCCAUCGGCCGGCACGAUUACUCAGCGGUGCUCACUGUCUUCCCCAUCCUGCGGCACCUCAAGCAGACCAAGCCUGAGUUUGACCAGGUGCUCCAGGGCACAGCCGUCAGCACCAAGAACAAGCUGCCCAGCCUCAUCAUCACCUUGGAGAACACCGGAGCCAAAGCCCUGGAGGACUUCGCCGACAACAUCAAGAACGAUCCGGACAAGGAGUACAACAUGCCGAAGGACGGGACGGUGCACGAGCUCACGAGCAAUGCCAUCCUCUUCCUGCAGCAGCUUCUGGACUUCCAGGAGACAGCAGGUGCCAUGCUGGCCUCCCAAGAGACCAGCUCUUCAGCCACCAGCUACAGCUCCGAGUUCAGCAAGCGGCUUCUGAGCACCUAUAUCUGUAAAGUCCUGGGCAACCUGCAGUUGAACUUGCUGAGCAAAUCCAAGGUGUAUGAGGACCCGGCUCUGAGCGCCAUCUUUCUGCACAACAACUACAACUACAUCCUCAAGUCUCUGGAGAAGUCUGAGCUGAUCCAGCUGGUGGCCGUGACCCAGAAGACUGCAGAGCGCUCCUAUCGCGAGCACAUUGAACAGCAGAUCCAGACCUACCAGCGCAGCUGGUUAAAGGUGACAGACUACAUCGCGGAGAAGAACCUCCCUGUGUUCCAGCCUGGAGUCAAGCUCCGGGACAAGGAGCGGCAGGUGAUCAAGGAGCGUUUCAAGGGCUUCAAUGACGGCCUGGAGGAGCUGUGUAAAAUCCAGAAGGCCUGGGCCAUUCCGGACACGGAGCAGAGGGACAAGAUCCGCCAGGCUCAGAAGCACAUCGUCAAGGAGACGUACGGGGCCUUCCUGCACAGGUACAGCAGCGUGCCCUUCACCAAGAACCCUGAGAAGUACAUCAAGUACCGCGUGGAUCAGGUGGGCGACAUGAUCGACCGCCUUUUUGACACCUCUGCCUGAGCCACCUGAUGCUGCCCAGGUCACCAGUGUAGAUGUGUUAUCGAACAAAUAAACCAGUGUUAACAGGCCUUGGCUGGCUGAGCGAGAAGUCCUUUGGGGCCGGGACCUCAGUUU